UAUUAUAAAUCAUACUAAUAAUUAAAAUAAAUUUUCAAAAAAUAUUUGUUGGACGGCUUUCACGGGUAUUAGUAACUAGUAUGUACUUAAGUAGUAUGAAUUUUCCUUUUAUAAACAGAUCAAUCCAAGCACAAACACUGACACACACUUGUGGAUUGCAACAGCUUUCUUUCAAGCACAGUAUACAAAUGGCUCGUUCCGCUCUGGAUGAGAUGUCAGCAACUGGUGCUUUUGAGAGAACUGCUUCAACCUUCCGUAAUAUAAUCUCAAGGGACCCUGGUUCCCGCUUUCCAGUGGAAUCUGGGAGGUACCACCUCUAUAUAUCAUAUGCUUGCCCAUGGGCAUCAAGGUGCCUGGCCUACUUGAAGAUUAAAGGCCUUGACCAAGCCAUUGAUUUCACAUCUGUUAAACCUAUUUGGGAGAGGACGAAGGACACUGAUGAGCACAUGGGAUGGGUUUUUGCUUCAUCAAGCACCAAGGAGCCAGGAGCCGAUCCUGAUCCUGUUAAUGGAGCCAAAAGCAUAAGGGAGCUGUAUGAGCUUUCAAGUACAAACUAUUCUGGAAAAUACACAGUUCCGGUUCUUUGGGAUAAGAAACUGAAGACAGUCGUGAACAACGAGAGUUCAGAAAUAAUACGCAUGUUUAAUAGUGAAUUCAAUGAUAUAGCUGGGAAUGCUGCUUUGGACCUUUAUCCUUCUCAUUUGCAAUCCCAAAUCAAUGAAACAAAUGACUGGAUAUAUAAUGGAAUAAACAACGGAGUAUAUCGAUGUGGUUUUGCGAAGAAGCAAAAGCCUUAUGAGGAGGCAGUGCAAGAACUGUACGAAGCUUUGGACAAAUGUGAGGAGAUAUUGAGCAAGCAGAGAUACUUAUGUGGAGAUCAAGUGACUGAAGCAGAUAUUCGUUUGUUUGUCACCCUGAUUAGGUUUGAUGAGGUCUAUGUUGUCCACUUCAAGUGCAAUAAGAAGCUACUUCGUGAAUAUCCAAAUCUGUUUAAUUACACCAAAGACAUUUUUCAAAUACCCGGCAUGAGCAGUACCGUCAACAUGGAACACAUCAAAAAGCAUUACUAUGGGAGCCAUCCCACCAUCAAUCCUUUUGGAAUCAUUCCCCAGGGUCCAAAUAUUGACUAUUCCUCUCCACAUGAUCGAGAGAAGUUCUCUAAGUAGGAACGCUUCAUAAUCUUGGCAUGCAUUUUCGAAGUUGGGUCAUCUUGUUCCCCUGUUAAAGAAGUAUGUGGAGUUGCUACCGUUGGUACUGUCUCAAUAUUUUGGCUUUUUACAGUGUAAAAUUAUCUAAUAAUCAGAGAUGUAGUUGUGCUAGUUCUUUUCUAAGGUGAGGAGUUGAACAAGAGCUGCUGCUACAUUUGCCGUUUGUUGUUGCUACACCUUUUAAUGCCUUGUGAGUCUGCAGUUUUAUAGUGUGUAAAAUUGUCUAAUAAUAUGAGAUGUAAGUUGUGAAAGUUUUCUGUA